AUGGCGCCUAGAGUGCUUGUGCACUGUGUCCGCUCUGUCAGGUUAUUCCAGCACAGUGGAGUCAUAAAAUCCGCCAGUCAGGGAUCACUGACUCUGGUUCCAGCCCAGUGGACGGAGUUUUUACGGGUCCCCAGUCCUGUGCUGAAUCUGUGUCAGCGGUAUUGCGAUUCGCCGCCGCUAACCCUGCAGAGCAUCGAAGAGCACGUCAUGAACGUCCUCAAACUGUAUGACAAGAUCAAACCAGAGACGCUUCAGUCAUCAUCUCACUUUAUGAAGGAUUUGGGACUGGACAGUUUGGAUCAGGUGGAGAUCAUCAUGGCAAUGGAAGACGAGUUUGGAUUUGAGAUUCCAGAUGUAGAAGCAGAAAAGCUCAUGACUCCUGCAGAAGUUGUACAGUACAUCGCGAGUAAAAAGGACGUGAACUAAUCAGCAAGUCUCACUUUCCACGAAUCAAGAGCCUGGACCUGCCCCGUUUCUCUCCUGAACAUUUUUCUUUCUCUGUCAGCAGUUUUGUGUCAUGC